AUGACAAGCAAUAGCGGAACUACUAGCACUGGCAAGAGUGUCAUGUCUCCAGGGACCAGUGGGAACGACAGAAGGAACUGUAGUGUCGAUGCCAUUCUCUCCAACAUAUUCCGGUCUUUUCAAUCCACUUCGGGCCUCCUACCUGGCUGUAGCAAGAAGGACUGUUCGAUCAACUGGAACGCCAUGUUUAUACCCACUGCGGCUGCUGCUCCCAAUCAGACUACGACAACAGAUAAAUCCUCUUUUUCUUGGUUGUCCUCGCUCGACUAUGUCAAGUCCAUCAGUAUCGACAUGGCUCUGCCACCACAGUCAUCCACCACUACCAGCAAUACCAGCAGUGCGACCACAACGGGUCCAUCGUAUUCUCAGGGAAUGUACGAGCGAUUUGGAAAUUUCUCCGAAGUCUUGGCGGAAACGCGCAUCGCAUCCUCGAUUACACAGCAACUCGAAGAAAGUUUGACGAGUUUCAUGACAGAUACCCUCCGAGUGACCACUACGGGAGUCUUUGUGGGAGCCGUCGUGGGAGCUGCCGUAGCUACCGGUGUCAUGGUGGGAAUGAUGGCGGCGAUGGGAGCCAUGGCGAGUUCGGAGUAUGUUCCUUGGAUAUACCGGAAACUAUCCAGUCUGUUGUUGACUGCAAGACCACCCAGCAACUCACAUGAUUCACCAUCACCCAAGCCACCAAAAGAGGCAAAAGAAAAGAAACCGGCAUCCGAUGAAUCUUCGUCUGCCUCUUCGGAUUCAUCAGCAGUAUUGAUAGCAUCAUCCUCGACAUCCACGGCAGUUGCCAAUGGUCCUUUGGUUAUUCUCCAAGGACAUCCAGCAUGUGCUGACACCACCACGACAUCCGCCAAGGAUCAAUGUCUCUCUUGUCUGGAACAGCUUGCUGCCAAUUUGAGAAACCAAAGCCUGGCAUGGCAGGACAUUUGUCGACUGACUGUAUACCUGGUAUCUGGGAAAUGUGACGCCUCGACAUUUCGUGCUGCCUUGCAACAUCACCUCUCGUCAUUGUUGUCCAACACAAGCAACCAAGAGCCUCUCGUCACUAUACUGUUUGUACAACAACUGGAAUCAGAGAAUGCCGUGAUACAAGUAGAAGCAAUGGCUUCCAAAGGAAACAAAAUAAUAAUAUGA